AUGAUGCCAAAGAUCCAAGUCAAAAAUCCCAUUGUGGAAAUGGAUGGUGAUGAACAGACCAGAAUUAUCUGGAAAUUGAUCAAAGAUUUGUUGAUUUUACCAUUUAUUGAUGUAGAUUUGUUGUAUUAUGAUUUGUCAAUUACCAAUAGAGACGCUACAGAUGAUCGUGUUACUGUGGAGUCUGCAGAGGCAACUUUGAAGUAUGGGGUUGCUGUUAAAUGCGCUACUAUUACUCCAGAUGAAGCGCGUGUAGAGGAAUUCCAUUUGAAAAAAAUGUGGAGAUCACCAAACGGUACUAUUAGAAACAUUUUAGGUGGUAUUGUCUUUAGGGAACCAAUUGUAAUUCCAAGAAUUCCACGAAUGGUGUCUCAAUGGGAGAAACCGAUCACAAUCGGUAGACAUGCAUUCGGUGAUCAAUACAAGGCUACCGAUACAGUCAUACCAGAUGAAGGUGAAUUAAAAUUGGUUUUCAAAUCGAAGGAUGGUAAGCACGAUCAAGACCUACAGGUCUUUGAAUUUCCUAAAGGCGGCGGUGUGGCCAUGGCAAUGUAUAACACUACCGAAUCCAUUGAAGGGUUUGCCAAAGCUUCGUUUGAAUUAGCAUUAGAAAGGAAACAACCGCUGUAUUCCACCACUAAAAAUACAAUCUUAAAAAAAUAUGAUGGUAAAUUUAAGGACAUCUUCGAAGCAAUGUAUGAAAAGGAAUACAGAUCACAAUUCGAAAAGUUGGGGAUCUGGUACGAACACCGGUUAAUCGAUGAUAUGGUAGCACAAAUGUUAAAGUCCAAGGGUGGAUACAUUAUCGCCAUGAAAAAUUACGAUGGUGAUGUACAGUCAGAUAUCGUCGCUCAAGGAUUUGGGUCCCUUGGAUUGAUGACAUCAGUUCUAGUGACUCCGGAUGGUAAGACUUUUGAAUCGGAAGCUGCUCAUGGGACUGUCACCAGACACUUCAGAUUACACCAGCAAGGUAAAGAGACCUCUACAAACUCAAUUGCAUCAAUCUUUGCAUGGACCCGAGGUAUCAUCCAAAGAGGUAAAUUAGAUAAUACUCCAGAAGUGGUCAAGUUUGGUCAAUUGUUGGAAAAGGCAACUGUCGAAGUCGUAGAUUUUGAGAAUAUUAUGACCAAAGAUUUGGCAUUAAUCCUCGGUAAAACGGACAGAAGCGCAUACGUUACCACAGAAGAAUUUAUCCAUGCCGUUAGUAAAAGGUUGAAAGGAGAAGUAGCUAAAUUUUGA